AUGGGUAAUAGACAACAAAAGCAACAACAUCAUAGUCAUAGAAGGUAUCAUCAAAUUGAACUUGAUCAUCCUGAUACUAUUUAUUUACCGAAUGGUAUUGUUUCUGGUACAGUUUUAACUACAAAAAAAUGCAAAUCAUUUAUUUUAUUAACAGGAAUUAUUCGUUUUGAAAAACAUAAGCAAAAACAAAUAGAAAAUUGUGAGAUUAUAUUCUUUUCAUCAAAACUUUCACUUAUUUCAUCGUGUACUACAAAACAAAACUUUCGAUUUCAUUUAAAUGAACAUCUUCCACCUUCAUUUAAUAAUUUAAAUAUUUUUCCAAAUAUAUCCUAUUCAAUUAAUUUAGUUUAUAAAAAAUCGAAAGAAAAAAUUUAUUCUUCAAUUCCAAUUUAUAUUUAUCCUUAUAUUCAAAUCGAUCAACCUUCACGUUUAACACCAUUAUUUUUUGGUUCAAUAGAUAAUCAAUGUUAUAAAACAAAUAUUAAAAUUAAAAUAAAUCGUUCAGUCUUUAAAUUUGGUGAUGUUAUUCAAAUCUUUUAUGAACUUCAAAAUCCAUCAGAAGAAUAUAUUCAAAAGAUUGAUAUUAGUUUAGGAAUUUAUUAUCUUGUAGAAUCCAAUAUUUAUCAAGAAGAUAUAUCAAAUAGUAUUGAAAAUACAAAUUAUAUUUUAUCGAAACAUAAAUUAAUUCGACAUCACACGUUACUAAAUAUUCCAAAUAAAACUUUUCUACCAGCAACAUUAAAAUAUAAAUAUGAUGAAAGAGAUAAUCGUUCAUUUUUUAAUUUAUCAAUUGAUUAUAAAAUUCAAUUUAAAAUUUAUCUUGGCAAUCCAGAAGAUCUAUGGCAAAUAGAUGUUCCUAUUAUUGUAUGUAAUGAUUUACUAAGUCAAACUGAAGUUCAAACAAGUGAUAGUUUAGAAAAACUUUGA